AUGCUCUCCGUGUCUAAACCCCUUCUCUCCCCGACCUCCCUUGCUGCCAUGGCUAUUCGGCUGCCGCCGACGCCGCAUGCACCAACCCACUACGCCCCGCCUCACAGGCGGACAUCGCCAUUCCGCCCCGUCAUGCGAGCGGCUCCUUCUUCUUCCACCGCCGCAACGGCCGUCUCAUUGCCGCCAUCUCCCAAGAAGGUUCUUGUGCCCAUUGCCAUGGGCACAGAGGAAAUGGAGGCAGUCAUCCUAGCCGGCGUCCUCAGGCGAGCAGGCGCUGACGUAACGCUGGCCUCUGUGGAGGACGGCCUCGAGAUUGAGGCUUCCUAUGGGACGCGCAUCAUCGCAGACAAGCCCAUUGCAGCGUGUGCAGACCAGGUGUUCGACCUUGUGGCUGUCCCGGGAGGAAUGCCUGGUUCAGUACGGCUGAGAGAUAACGAGAUCCUUCAGAGAAUUAUGGUUAGACAAGCUGAAGAGAAAAGAUUGUAUGGUGCUAUAUGUGCUGCACCAGCUGUUGUUCUCAUGCCCUGGGGUCUUCACAAGGGAAGAAAGAUCACCUGUCACCCGUCCUUCAUAGGAGAUCUUCCAACAUUCCGAGCUGUUGAGUCAAAUGUUCAGGUUUCAGGAGAGCUCACUACUAGUCGUGGUCCUGGGACAGCAUUUCAGUUUGCUUUAUCAUUUGUCGAGCAAUUGUUUGGGCCUCACGCUGUUGAAGAUGUGGACAGUACUUUGAUUGAUGCUGCUCUUGAAAGAAGUACAGAAGUCAACAGAGUUGAAUGGCCUUUUGAUCACAAACCUCAGGUUCUCAUUCCAAUUGCAAAUGGGUCUGAGGAGAUGGAGAUCAUAAUGUUGGUGGAUAUUUUAAGACGGGCAAACAUAAAUGUGGUGUUGGCAUCAGUUGACGAGUCCACAAAUAUUGUUGGGUCUCAAAGAAUGAAGAUUGUUGCUGAUAAAUGCAUAUUGGAUGCUUCUGAUUCAAAAUAUGAUCUAAUCAUUAUUCCUGGGGGACAUGCUGGAGCUGAGCGUCUUCACAGGUCUACCACUCUUAAAAAGCUACUCAAGGAACAGAAGCAAGCAAGCAGGAUGUAUGGUGGGAUCAGUUAUUCUCCAUUGAUAUUGCAGAAGCAAGGUUUACUCGAGGAUAAAACAGUGACUGCUCAUCCUUCCAUAGUCAAUCAGCUCACUUGCCAGGUUAUUGACGGUUCAAAGGUUGUGAUUGACGGAAAUUUGAUUACUGGGAAGGGACUCGGAACAGUCAUGGAUUUUUCCCUGGCCAUUGUAAGAAAAUUCUUUGGCCAUGGACGAGCGAAAAGUGUGGCAAAUGGAAUGGUUUUUGACUACCCCAAGAACAGAAACGCCUAG